AUGGAUAUAGCAAUCGUCUUCAUGUGGCUGCUCGCAGCCGCCGCCGUCACGCUCGCCGCCCUUUUAAUUCCCGGCGCAAGAAACCUCAAGAACGCCACCAAAAGCUUCUCGCCCCCAGAAGCCGACGGCGGAUGGCCCGUAAUCGGCCACAUGCGCCUCCUCUCGGGGCCCGAGCUCCCCCACAUCGUCCUCUCGGCCAUGGCGGACAAGUACGGACCGGUCUUCACCAUUCGUCUCGGUGUCUACCGGGCCCUGAUCGUCAGCAGCUGGGAGGCCGCCAAAGAGUGCUUCACCACAAACGACGUCGUUUUUUCCAACCGCCCCAGGACAGCCGCCAUCGAGCACAUGUGCUACAACUUCGCCAUGUUCGGAUUCAGCCAAUACGGGCCCUAUUGGCGCGAGAUGAGGAAGAUCUCCGCCGUCAGCCUUCUCUCCGGCCUUAAAGUUUCCACCUUUAGGCACCUAUUCGAGACGGAGAUAGCGAGGAUGGUCAGAAAACUGCGAGGACAACAAGGAUGUCUUGAAAUGAAGCAGAUUCUUGGGGACAUGACCAUAGGCCUCAUGCUGCGGAUUAUUUUCAACAGUAAUAGGAAUGAUGAGAAGAUUGAUGGAGCAAAAGGGGAGAAGCUGAGAGAAGGGAUUAGAGGGUUUUUUCGGAAAAUGAACGAGGUCACGGUAACUGAUGUGGUCCCGUCCCUCGAGUGGCUGGAUCGAUUUUGGGGAACGAACGAAUCGUUUAAGAAGACGGGGCAGGGCAUGGAUUGUUUGCUGCAAGCUUGGUUGGAUGGCCAGAAGAGACGUGGGACGAUUGACAAUAGUUUCAUGGCCGAAAUGACGGCUGUUGCAGAUGAGGUGGCGCGGCAGUUCCCGGAGUACAGUGCCGAUACCAUUACUAAAGCAACUUGCCAGGCGAUGUUGUUAGGAGGAACCGAUACAAUGACAACAACCCUCACAUGGGCCCUUUCUCUACUGCUCAAUAACCGACACACCAUUCGAAAAGCCCAACAAGAACUCGACCUUCACGUCAGCCCAAAAAGACUCGUGAAAGCAUCAGACACCGAAAGCCUAGUGUACAUCCUAGCCAUAAUCAAAGAAACCCUACGCCUCUACCCGCCAGCUGCACUUCUCCCUCCCCGCGAGUCAGCAGAGGACUGCCACGUAGCAGGCUACCGCAUCCCAGCUGGGACGCGACUCAUCAUCAACGCAUGGAAGCUCCACCGGGACCCUCGCAUAUGGGCCGACCCACUUCAGUUCAGGCCCGAGAGGUUCCUCUCGGGGGCCCACAAAGAGAUUGAUGUUCGGGGGCAGCACUUUGAGCUGCUCCCUUUUGGGGGUGGCCGGAGGAUUUGCCCCGGGAUUGCCUUUUCGAUUCAGUUUAUGGUUCUUACGCUUGGGGGUUUAUUGCAUGCUUUUGAUAUCGAAACGGGUUCGGGUGAGGGUGUUGAUAUGAAGGGGAGUUUGGGUGCGAUGAAUGUGAAAGAUGCUCCGCUUGAAGUCGUGCUCCGGCCAAGGUUGUCGCCGGCCGUUUAUGAUUGA